ACAGUGAGGAGCUCAGUCAUCCGGGAGGAGCUCAGAGGAAAGCAGCUGCUCCUUCACAUCAAGAGGAGCUAGUUGAGGUGGCUCGGGCAUGUAGUCUGAUGCCUCAUGGACACCUCUCUGUGUCGCCAUGUUCCCCCCAUUGGAUGUGUGUGUGAUGGCGGCACCUCACAGCGAAGCACACCGAAUCCGACCUGCCGCUCUGAUCUUUGACACCCGCCGAGCUCCAGCAGCUGCCACGUACCUGAGAGGAGGCUUUUGCUGGAACACCCGAGGAGACGGCGUAAGCUUGCUCACAUUUCUAAAAGACACCAUUCGCCUCGUCGGAUUGGUGGUUCCAUACUGUACUGCCCCGGAGAUGGAAAUAAAAAGUCAAAAACCCACAAGAUGUUCGACCGUCGAAAAGCGGGCCGUGGCGGCAGUCGAGUUGCGUGACGGCAGGGGGAGGGGACCAACGUGUGAGGAAGCGGAAACCGGAGCACGACAACGCAAGAGAGGAGGAACAGCUGCAGCUGCGCAACGAUGCACGAACUGGAAAUAUCCACCCCACCGGGCAUCCUGCAAUUCUUUAGGACACUUGCAGUAAAUAUUGCAUUCAAGGGGAAGGGGAAAAGAGUGCUGCAGCUAUGAAACCAGUAGAGGGCGCAGUCGCACAAGUCAAUUCACUCAACAUUUUCCAGCAGGAAGAUGCUUCGAGAAGACGUGAUGUUGUGUAGCUGCACGUUUUUAAACCGUCAUCUUGAGCCAAAAUUCCCUGGAGUCCACAACCUUGUAUCCAGUCUAUGCCGAUGCAGCAUGGUGACGCAAACACACAGACGCUCUGUUUCUAGUUGCGCUGAAAGUGCAAACUUCAAACUGCAUGCGAGUAUUUCAUUGGAAGGCGCCCGCUUUGGCAGCGGAAGUAAACAGGCAGUGAAACAACACCUGGUGGAAAAAAGCUCGCCAUCAGUCAAGCUUUCGAGGUCGCUGGGUCGCAGCGGGAGAUGGGGAAAGGUAAGCCAACGCUGCCGUCAAGUGGACAACUGACUCGAAAAGGCACAUCAGGCCUGACAGACUCUUCAACGAGUUAGUAACUAGUAAACUGGAACUACUCGAGGCCUCACCUGUUUUUUAAAGAAGCAAUACUUGCACACAUACAAUGACCACGACUGUACUUCUAAAAGUCUUCAGUGCAUCCGGCUGCCUCCCACAUUGUUGGUGCACGUCAGGUGACACAAAUGGGUCUCAUCCAGAACCAGAACUCGACCCAGAGCUUCUCUGGACCUGAUGCCUCCCACUGGGAGUCAAUGCCACAGGAAUCAUCAGACUACACGAACAUCAUCAUCGUGCUGGGCAUGCUGACCUUUGCCCUACAGCUGUGUUUAGCUCUCUUUGUCAUGCUGAGAUGUAAGAAUUUGGACAACAAGGCCAGAGGGGCUCUCAAAUACUCACAGACUUUGCAGAAAGUCCAGACAGCUCCUCCAUCCUGCCAUCGAGAUAUUUUAAAAAAGACUCAUUGUCGUCAGCUGUAUUAUGAUGACGAUGAUGAUUCAUCAAGUGCAACUGAAACGUGCUGUGGAACUGCAACAGCUACAAACCGUCUUUUUGGACCUUCCAUACCUUGGGACCUUGUUCAGCACUGAAAAGCUCCGGAACCCUUUAGCUUAUGCACACUUGUAUACUGUACAUAUUGUUAUUCAGUAAAUAAACUAUCACAACACGUCUGCACAAUCAAAUAAUCAAGUGAGAUACAAUAAAAGAGCUGUGUCAAAACUUUUGACUGUGUUACAGUUGUAGAGACUGGAGUGCAUUGUUGUGUGUUUCUGAGCUGCUAUACAGUGUAUGGGCUGCAGAGGGCAGUAACAUUUGCCACCUCGGUUAGAGGCGGAGCGUAAGAAAGUAGAAGAAGUGAGAAAGGACGUGUUGGCAGUGUUCCGCAUCUUUAAGACAUGCGGUGCUGUUUUGUGGAUGCUAAUAAAAGGCUGACUUGUUCACAGUCAUCCUGCCUCCUUAUUAUUCAGUAAACGUUUGCAUCACAUCAUCAUACGAAUUACGUGUGUGCGUUUACUUUAGGGCAAUUUCAACUUAAAAUUGACCAGCAGAUGGCAGUAAUGCGCCAAAUAGCAUCUAGAGCCGGGUCAAUCUUAACAGAGAAGAAGACGAGCCAUACCGCAAACAAAUCGAAGACAACCCUUCGAGGAUUUUCAAUAUACAACUGCUUUUUUAAACGCUGUUACGUUUGUUUUGGGUGUAUAUAAUCAGAACGUGAGCCUUUUUUGUCCGGUACUUAAAGCCAGGCGUUGUGUCGAGCGAAUCGUUUGUUAUGACACAGUGUUAGCUAACAGGCUAACUGCAACUUGAUGGAAGAUGGACCCGUAUCUCUUCGACACACUUUCCAAAGCCCAUUACCUCUGGCCUCGCUCCGCCUGUUGGUCCCCCCUUUGCAGCUCCUGUCAGCCUCCAUGUGGCAGGCACUGAAGAAGCAAGACGUCAUGAGCUACUGGGAAGUGGCGGAAUUUGUCUCUUUGGUGAUGGACAUGGUCCCAGAGCUGCUGAUGUACAAGCACAGGAUGCAACUCAACAUGGGUUUAAGAGCCAGGUAUAUACUUCAACUAUGUAAAAGUGACCAACCCUUGCAACCAGAUUUCAUUUUGUCUCUCCUGGACAUGAUAAAAGUACAACACCACUCUGUGGUAGAUGUGAAUGCAUUGCAAGAAGAGGAAACCAUGAUUCAUUUUCAGGAGUUAAUUCAGGUUCUGCUCAAGGAUGCUGAUAAGAGAGAAUACUUCUUCUUGGACGUGUUCCCAGCUCAAUACGGAACCGAGUAUGAUGAGGAUUUGCAGACACUGUUUUGGGAGUUCCUCUGUCAGCUAACUCAGUUGUUGCCAGUUCCUGAUCUUAAACAGACUGUUUGCUGGCUCGGAGCAUCAGUAUUGGGUGACUGUGUCCAGUCACUUUCCGAAACCAAUGACUUGAAGGUUUUGCUCCAGCAUCAUAAACACCUUAGACAUUUAGAUCAGCAUGUUCCACCCACAAGCAUGGGGGACAAGAUCCUCUCCUCGCUGUCUGCCUUUUCUGCCUGCAUAAAGACAAAAUCUGAGGACCAGCCUAAUAAGUUGGACUUCAGUGAUGACACUCACAUACCGGUGCCACUUGUGGAUGAGAUCACAAUUGAGGUCAUUGCAGAAGUUGAGACAGAUGAGCAUGAUGUACUAAUGGGUGAAAAUGGCUUUGAAGGACCCGCAAGUGGCGUUGUGGCCAAAGAUGCUCUCGUCGUCCAGACAGAAGACACACCCACAGGCCUGGAUGAAAGUGAAGUAGAGAAGGGAACUGAUAAAAAUACACCAAGUGAUUCAGCAAAGAUAAUCUAUGCAGAAGUUCAACGACAGAGCUCUACGGGGCCUCAUGACUGCCCAGAUUGUGACAAGAAAUUCAAGUUUGCCUCGUCGCUAACAGCCCACAGGGUCAUCCACACCGGUGAGCGCCCCCACCGGUGCUACGAUUGCGGCCGCUGCUUCUCUUUUAGGCAGUCCCUCGACCGCCACAGAAACACACACAAAAGCGGACGCAGGUACGACUGCAUUGUCUGCGGGGAGACUUUUCUGUCCUUAUCAGCCCGCACUGAGCACAAACAAUCACACAUGAUGGAUGGUGUGUAUGCGUGCAAAGAAUGUGAUAGGAAAUUCAUCUGGGAGCUGGCGCUUGUGAGGCACAUGAAAACCCACACCAUGGAUGUCAAUGCAAACUCCCCCCCAGAGAGCUGUGAGGUGGGGCAAGAGAUCAGUGGUGGUGAGGCAGACGCACCACUCGACGACAUUGGCGAUGCAGGAAACAAAACCAACGGCAAUGAAGUCAUUUCCCUUGUCAAAGUUCGCACGAGUGGGCGCAAACGCCGGCCCACCAUGAAGGUCCAAGUGAUCAACUUGCAGAAACACAUGAGCAGCAAGAGGAAGCAAGAAGUUACCAGGGAGAAUCCUCCAGCCUCAAAGCUUUUACCCUUCAAUUGUUCAGAGCACUCUUACGGGACACCAUCAAUCUCAUCGAAGGACGCGGACCAAAGUUUUGAGGCAGAUGGAACGUCAGCCACUUUCUCCUGUCCCAAAUGCUCCUUCUGCCAUUCAGAUGAAGAGCACCUGCAACACCACAUGGAGAGUGUUCACUUUGUUGACGACGAGGGACGUUUUAACUGCCGAGACUGUGCCAAGAGCUUCAUGUUCCUAUCCUUGUUAAAAGCCCAUCAGCGCAUCCACACAGGUGAACAGCCCUUUGUCUGUCCUCAGUGCGGACGACGUUUCUCCUUCAAGCAGUCCCUGGAGAGACACAAGGUGACGCACAAGCCCGGGCGCAAGUAUGAGUGUCUCAUCUGUGGGGAGUUCUUCAAAUCCGUCAUGGCGCAAAGGUCACACAUGAGCGUCCACAUGAAGAAUGGCGAGUUUGUGUGCUCGGAGUGUGGCCGCAAGUUCGCCUGGAAGUCCGCGCUGGUGAGGCAUCUGAAGACACACGGUGAGGGGGACAACAAAGAUGAGUAUUCACAUAAGUGCCCUCACUGUGAGCUGAGCUUCAGCUGCGCCAGCUACCUGAACAGACACCUUCGGACUCACCAAGAGGAGCGAGCACACUCCUGCAACUGCGGCAAGAGCUUCGCCUACCGGGCUGCACUCACGGCACACCAGCGAAUCCAUCAAAAAGACAGGCCUCACGUAUGCACACAGUGUGGCAAGGGUUUCCUCUACAAGGGCGGCCUGCUGAACCACAUGAAGAUCCACUCAGAGGAGAUGCCCUUCAUGUGCUCUUACUGUGGAAAGUGUUUCAAGAGGGAGCGCAACAUGAAGAAGCACGAGCGCUGCCACACUCGAGAAAAUGUUUUCAGCUGCUCCCAAUGCGACAAGAGUUUUGUCUACAAGGCAACUCUGACCAGACAUGAGCUGACGCACUCGGGCGAGAGGCCGUACCUUUGCUCCGAUUGCGGUAAGGGCUUCUUUUCCCACGCCGAGUUGCUCAAGCAUGAACGCUUCCACACUGGCCACAAGCCCUUCCAGUGCCCUCACUGCGAGAAGAGGUUCACACAGUCCUGCUACCUGACCAUUCACCUGCGCUACCACACGGGCGCGAGACCUUACUCCUGCAUCGAGUGCGACAAGAGCUUCCUCAGUGCCAAUCGCCUGAAGCGGCACAAGCAAACGCACACAGGAGAAAAACCUUAUGUAUGUGUGGAGUGUGGCAAAGGCUUCAGGCAGUCCUAUCACCUCAAAAUGCAUCAACGGACACAUAUUAAGAUAACGUAAACACAAGGAUUUUACUUGGAGAGAUUUCUGUCCACAGUACCUGAAUGCAGCUCCAAACUGGUUUGAAUCCAUGUCAGUUUAACAGCUUGUGAACUCCUUGUUGGUGAUUAAACUUCCUCGAACUUGGA